UCAGGAGCUGAUCUCACCCGCAACAAGCUGCCUUCAGAACCUUCUCACCAGAUUGAAUAGCCUUUCACAUAUUGCAGGCUGCUUCCCAAGCUAAACUAUAGUCAAGAUGAUGAUCAAAGUAGCUGUUGUUCUCUGUGCUAUUGUGGCAACCAGUAUGGUGUGCGCCAAGGAUUUUGAAGAGCAAGAUGCAUUGGACACUUUGCUUUCGGAGGAGGCUGCAUCCCCUGAUGACGCCGUAGCCUUGCAGAGAUGGGUCAUACACCGUCGUUUCAUACACCAUUAUGGAUUGCACCGAGGCCUCCAUGUUGUACGGAAUGUAUGCAGGAGGUUUGCUCAUUCUCCAGAAGAAGCUCGUGCUAAAGUUCUGGCUGCGAUCCCGGAGAUGAAAGAAGAGGAUCUCAGCGAAGAGUAUUUUCGAUCGAUGUGUGCUGGUCACUACUUUGGCCGUUAG